AUGGCUAACCUCAAAGAAUUGUUCUUGCCCAUGCUGGCACUUUGCAUUAUGUGCCCAUUGGCGUUUGCAAUCGAUGAAGAUCUUUUGGUUGUCGAAUACCAUAUUCACAUAAUCAACGAUUUGCCUUCCGAUUUGCCUCCCAAUAUCCCUGCGCUAUCUCUCCAUUGCAAGUCCAAAGACAAGGACCUUGGUGAGAAGAACAUGUUGGAGCAUCAGGAUUACACCUGGGAUUCCAGAAUAAACCUUCUCAGAACCACCCUUUUUUUCUGCAAUGCUAGAUGGGAAGGAAAGCAGAGGUAUUUUGAGGCUUUCAAGGCUACGAGAGAUGAACACCGCUGCCGAGUGUAUCAUAACUCUUGCUUGUGGUCAAUGAGGCAUGAUGGGAUUUAUUUUAGCAACGAUAAUUCUUCUUGGACUAAUGAGUAUCCAUGGUAG